AUGGUAUCAUCGAUGUGCGGAGCAGGAAAUGACAGCAGUUCGUCGUUAGGUAAUUCUCCCUACCAGCUGGCUGAGGUCGACUGCCCAAGUUUUCGAACUGUCGCCACGUUCAAGUCACUGGCUGACUGCGAUACAGGUUCUGCGAUAGAAGAUGACUUCAGCCAGAAAGAAACCAUCAAUUCACAACUGAGUUCUCCUUCCUUCGGCUCGUCAACCGAACAGCAGGUUCCAUCUCCCCACUACGAAACAGCCGCAUCUACAGAAGAUGAUAAUCGAGUUUCACCACGAACCGCAAAGCAAGCCUUGGAAGAUGACGCAGACGAACCAUGGGACUCGCCUCGAAACAAAAGUCCUCGCCUCACGAUUAAUGAAGUUCUGGGGAAUCUAAGUUCUGAUCGGAUCGAGACUGCCCGUCUCCUAAUGGGCAUCGAACUUGAUACCGCCUUUUCGGUCAAAAGGGACGCCAAGAGGGCACUGAUGGAUCUGUUGCGCCACGACUGCUCUGUGGCAGGAAACCAAGCCGAAAUAGUUCAGGCUCGUAAUCGAAAGCAACAAGCCGACGAGGCAAUCCUCCAAACUCACGAGAGACUUCAUGGACCCAGUCAAACCCUGGCCGCGAUGAGUAACCUCAAGAGGACCUUUGAUGCGCGUGCCGUACGUGUUCUCGAGUUUGAGAACGCUGAAGAAGUGACACAAGCAUGCAAGGACAGGCUGGAUAGAGCGCAGGUGAACCACGAAGCUGCUUUAAAGUCCAACCCGAUUGAUUAUUGGUACUUGGAAGCAGUUUGGGGUAUGCUCAUGAGGGCUGAGGCACAUGACGAGGAUAUUCAGUAG